CGGUGGUCUGGUCUGGUCAGUCGACGCGGAUCUGUGUCGCGGAGUGGGUGCGACGAUGCGAUCUCUCUCUGUGCGCGGCGCCUCCUGCCUCAUCCUCAUCGCGAUCCCCAUCUCCGGACGCCGCAGCGGGAAAUCCAGUGGAAAGUGCGAGUGCGCGAGUCGGGUGGAGUGAAAAGUGACCUACGAUGAGGACGUUAUCAUCGGCCACUGCGUCGCUCUGCUCUUCCAUCUUCCUCUGGACUUGUCUCCUCAUCUGGGGCCCCGACCCCGUCCGGGCCCAACGCCCGUCUUUCGGCAGAUGCCCCGACUUACCCACCGUCCAGAACUUCGACGUCGAGCAGUUCAAAGGUGUCUGGUACGAAGUCGAACGCUCAUUUUACGUGUUUGAAAUUACGUCCAUGUGCACUACAUUCAAUUUCACCUCAAAACCGGAUGGGAAUCUUCGAGUGCUCAUCAAAACAGUCAGCCGAUUAACUCGGAAUCCGAGCAUACACAUAGGAACAGCUGCGCCUCAGCUUGCAAAUCCGGCCCGAUUACAUUACAGAGUGGACUCCCUGCUUCCGUCAUCAAUUUCCAGAAUGUUGCCCGGCGCUGGCGAAUAUUCCAUACUCGACACAGACUACGAGCAGUAUGCAAUUCUCUGGUCCUGCUCAGACCUCGGCUUUUUCCAUGCAGAUUUGAUCUGGGUGAUGGGCAGAGACAAAGAUCUUCCAGCUGAAGUCAGGCACAAAAUUUACACCUCACUGCAAGAGCUCGGAUUUGAUCCAGAAAUUCUAGUUUUGACAAACCAUAAAAAUUGCCCACCUCAGUUUUGAAUGAGGCCUCAUUGUGUGUUCUCUCCUUCAUACUCAUGACUGAAGUGCGAAACCACAUAGCUCCGUUUGCGACGCUGCAGUCUACCUGCCAUACUUUAUCUUUUCUUUGGAAAACUAGUCGGCGUAAUUAAUUGAAACAUUUUUGGAUGUUUCUCCUUUCUUAGCAGAAUGUUAUGUAUAAAUUUCAACGUAUACAAAUGGCUUGUUUCUGUAUAAAAAAAUAAAACAGGUUCAGAAAUUUUGAAACACUGCGAUGGAGAUGUGUUGUUUUGCACUUUGACCAUCAAUAUUUCGCCGCAUGUAUGAUAAAAAAAUCUUGAUUACAGAUACAAAAAGAAGUAAAGAAAACAAUAUUCAGGAAAUAAUAAAAAAAUCCGAAAAAAUGCGUUCAUAUUUGUAAACUCGGGAAUUAGGCACUCAUUAGAGAGAUGCAUUAUUGUGAUUUCUAUAGAUGUGAUAAAAUAUUUAACGAAGGGAAUAUGAAAUCUAUUUCAGGCCGAAAAAACAGAGCAAAUGUACAUCUAAAUCCAAGUUUCUAUCCAGGUUUCUGGUCUACCUAUCUGUAUUUUUUUAAGAAACAGAAAGGGAGGAGGACAGAAGUAUUGUUUAACUGAAAAUCUUCCUUUUUUAAAUAAGUAAUCAAGAUUUUUUAACCUCCCCUGUGACAGCUCAGAGGAGAAAAAAUUGUUCCUAUUUACUGCUAUCAAUUGAAACCACGUACCUCAAAUAAUACUUGAUGUGAAGAUUACUGUUCAGAAAUGAUACAUCAUGAAUAUCAAUACUGAACACUAAGUUAGAUUUACGAUGACAACACAGAGACAAACAAAAACUUCAGGUACAAAUAUUUUGUAUUUAAUUCCUCUUUCUUUGGACAAAAAUAGACCAACAAAAUUCCAACAAUUUUCAUACAAUACCACCAACAUUUUCGAGAACGAAUUGAAUUCAGAAAAAACAUCAUGCCUGCAACUUAGAUGGGAUGACUGUGAAGUUGACAAAAAAUCAUGUAACUUGAAAUAACAAGGGGUGGUCGAAGUAGAAAAACUGAAAUUCUGAUUUAAAUUUCAAAACUUUAAGACAGUAAAUUCAGGAGCUCAUUUUUGGUGAUUCAAUUAAAUGGCUCAUUUAGAAAACAGCUUGGGUUGUAACAGAUCCUCACAGCAAUUGCAACAUUCUUCAAAUAAAUUGUACAGCCACUAUCAAAACACAGUUUAAAAGAUAUAUUAAGAUGAAAA